AGAAGCAAAACACAUUAAAGACUCGCACCAUUGGAGUAGCUAGCGCAUAACUAUAUGGCGGCUGUUGCGUAACUAUUGGCACAAGGGGCUACGGUGAAAGCAGACGGCAAACAUGGCAAACACGUGUUGGAAGCUAUUGUGUACCGUUCUGGGUAUCUUAGAGGCUGCUCUCUACACUGUCACGGUCUUCGGAUGGCCAGCACUUGUUUUCAUGUUCGUAGAGGAAGGAUUUUACGGUGAUCGUUGUUAUUUUGGUUCAAUAACUAACAGCUCUGAUUGUCUUGCUACUAGUAACUGCACCCAAGAAGCAGCCGAAGACGCCCGAGUUCAAAAAUGUACUGAGCAAGAAGAGCUGCUGAACCUGGUUUACACUGUUACUAUCAUUGGUUUGGUGUCUUUCCCCGUGCUUGGAUAUAUUUAUGAUCACUGUGGAACCGUUUGUGUGAGGAUCCUAUGUAUAUGCCUUUGCGCUGGUGGAUUCUUCCUGAUGGCGUUAGCAGAGAGAGGAUCAGAAUGGCUGUUAUUCCCUGGGGCUCUAUUUCACCUGCUUGGAGGUCUACAGUUGGCUAUAACUGACGUCCAGGUGUCCACGUUAUUUCCUAAGGCACAAGCAACACUCACCUGUUUGGUUUCCGGUGCUAUUGGUGUCAGUACUUUUGCCCCCAGCUUAUUAAAGGUGGCCUACCAGGCCGGAGUGUCAUACAAAGCGUGCAUGUUCACCUUUACCAGUAUCAUACUUCUUCUGUCCUCCGUCAACACAAUCACCCUUCCACCCAGACAAGAUGACGACGGGAACAACAUUGACAUAGCUUGUUGCUUAAAGAUACGCAAAAUAUACAACAGUUCCAUAGAAUUGUCAACAUUGUGCAAAGAAAAUGGUACAAAUGUCGAUUACAAGAUCAACAAAGCUGAUAGUAAUGAAAUUGUAUUGGACAAUAAGGAAAAUGUAUUUCAAAAUUAUGGGCAAUGCUUUGGCAGCGCAGCAUACACAGCAGAUGACGCAAUUACCCGACCGCAACUAGAAUCUGAACUUGAUGUCGAUAAUAACACUUGUAGUCAAAACGAGGACGAUGUCAAUCCCAAGGAACCCUGUGUUGACGGAUGUACGCACGUGGUCCCCGACGCAGAAAACUCUGAAAGUGCUGAAGAAGACAAAGGCAGUGACACUAGCAUUCCUCAAGGCUCGCUACUGAUCCUUAAACGUCCUGCUUUUUUAAUGCUGAUGCUGUGGUUUUUGUGCCAACAAACCCUCAUUGUCACAUACUUAGGCAGUUUUUACUCAAUCAUCAAUUACUACGGAAAUAAUAUCAAAAGCACAGUCAGUACGUAUACGGACGUGUAUUCCUGGCUCCAGGUGGGUUCUCUGUUCUGGGCCUUGCUGACUGGUUUGAUGCUGGAUAAACUUAUUGCCAACACAAACAACGACGAUUUCCGAAGGGACAUAUCGGAAAGGCUUACGGAAUUCAAGUUUCCGUCGCUAAUAUAUUAACUUUUGUUCAAUUACCGAUAUUCUCUUGGUACAAGUACAGCCUGGAAAGUGACCCUCUCUGGUUGGGAGUACUGUUCCUUGGAAUUUGUCUCACCGCCAGCUGCUUGCCUUUCUACCUUCUUUGGCGUCGGUGUCGCUCCACGAGGAAUAAGAGCUAUAGUCUUUAGAUAACAGUCAAAAUAUGAGUCAGGUGAUGACCUUGCGGUAUCUAUUGUAUUGCUGAAAGUUUGUUAUGGCGACGGGACAACAAUGUAUCUGCAGAAAGACAAUAUAUUGGGAGAUAUCGUGCCCUGUUAGAAGGAGACCUGCGUGCUCGGCAGUUACUGUACGUAAUUGUUUCUUACUGCUAACGUUGUUUAAUAGCCCUGACAGUACUAGCAAUACGACUUUACUAGAUAGAAAGUCACUGACAGCUGAGAAGUGGCAUUUGCCAGAUGUUUCAGCAACAGAACCGAUUCUUCAAUUCUUUAUCAAGGCUGUUGUACGCAUAAACGACAUUUUCAAAGUCUGUUAAGUAUGUUAGGUGUUUUACAACCUCCAGUUUUUGGCGCUGAUACAUAUAAGGGAAGCAGUUUUUGAGACAAUGGCGCUUAUGCCUAGGCCUCUAGCUGCUAGAUUAAAGUGGCAUUGAUUGAAGAUGUGCCUCUGAAAACGCUUAAAUUGCAGAGUCAUAUGCGUUUGGUAGUCCUUUGCAGUUUUGCAUUCAGUCUUUGUUAUCGCUUUUAUUAUUUCAUUCACUAACUGAGGAUAUAUUAACUGAGGAUAUAGUAACAUAAUAUAGAUCGUUUCAAACCAUUUCCAAAUCUGAUUGUACUUUAUUUUUAUAUAUUUUGACCGCUAACCACACUAAAUGUGCCAAUUUUUCGAAUGUUGUCAAUAAAAAACCUAACUUACUCUCCUUGCUUCAUGUUAAAUAUACUGAAAUUUGGUUCAAUUAACAGUACCUUACUUUAAAAAAGUUAAAAUAAGAUUAAAAAUGGCCGUAUACCCGAAAAACUCUCUGCUUAAAAUGUCUUUCAAUAUUAGAUUCCAAUUUAAUUUCACAGCAUCAUCUCUACGGAUAUUAUCAAUAAUAGGUACAAAUACAUAACAUA